CGUUGUGGUUGUCUAGGAACCGUCAAUCGUACGAAUAGAGGCAGUUGAAUUUGGGCUGAAAAUUCAUCAUUUUGUUAAGUUUGUUUGCGUUUAUUAAAUAAUUCUAGCGAUGGACAUCACCAAGGGUAACCUAGAUGAGAUUUCUCGUCCAGCAAGCAACCAUCGCAAUCACCACAGACCGGGCAGUCGUGUCUCACUAAAGGCACCGUCGUCUGCAGGGAGCGCACGGCAAGGGAUCGACAUCAACAACUCCCUUGAGAUAUUACCACCCGAAUCUCCUAUUGUGGAUCAACAGGUUUUUGAUCUGGAGGUCGUGGAGCUGUUUUCUUCUGAUGGCGACAGUGAAUGCGGUGACAACAGCAAUUCUGAUAACAAUGAAGACAAUAGUCCGCCACACACCAACUCAAACACUCACAACAACAAUGGUUCGACGGAACACCCAAAGAGUGAUAAAGACUCCCCUGAAGUCUCCUCAGCUAGAUCCGACCCUUUGGAUGAGAUACAAGACCCUAAGGUCCGAGAAGGGAUGAGGAAGAUGCAACAGCUUGAUCGGAUCCUGGCCAAGAGAGUUAUCAAGGAGAAGGAAGUGAAGCGGCAGAGGUUGAAAGCCCACAAGGAUCUCGAGAGAGAGUUACAGGGUCUGAAGCCAGAGGGGCGCGACGAGCAGAGAGAGGUGACUGAGAAUACCUGUCGCUUUCUAGCUCUGGUACCUCCCCCAAGUCACAGUGAAGGUGUUGGGAUUGAAGAGGAGCUGCUGGACCCUGUGUUCCAGACUCAGCCUGCUGAGAUAGAUUCUGCUCGGAGUGCUGCCGACUCCGUUAAUACAAACCAAGGAAGCAAAGGGGGUUCUGGCUCCCAGCCUGGUAACAACACAAACAGGAGCAGCCAGGCAGAAGGUGGUGGUGAACACGCUGGCGACGCAAAGACCAAACGGAGAAGAAAAGGAGGUUCAAAGGGCAAAGGUCAAGAUGGGAAACAUGCAGGAGAUAAUGACUUUAUUCAGAGGAAUAUAGAUUUGGCCACUGAUGCAGGGAAUGUGAUUGCAAUGACCGAUGAUGAGAAAAAGCGUCUUGAAGAACUACUGCAAGAUGUUGAGAUGUUGGUUGACGAUAACGAAAAGAUGGAGAACACUAGAGGCAUGAACGCCCUUCAAGUAUCGGCUGGGUUUGGGUACAUACCUGAUGCUAACGAGCAACAGGCUCUUCAAGAUAUUGAUAAUAAACUCAAGGCGCUGCUACCUGCUGAGGACUUUGAACGAAUCAGCACAACUCCCUCCCAGGAGAGGAGCUAUUUCUACAAGGACAUUGACCUUGGUGAGAAGAUCCUACGAGAUGCUAAGGGUGAGAGACUGCAGCAGGACCGACUCAAGAUUAUUGAAGAUGAACUGACGACCCUUGAAAACCGUGUAGAAAAUGAGAUCUACAAGUCUCCUCGUAUGUCCCAAGAGAACCUGUCUGAUCUGCUGGAGCAGUGUUCAGAGCUGAGCUCUAGGGCGGCAACAGAGACGGAUUCAAUCCUUCAGGUUUCACCACGGUCUGGCCGAGCCUUGUCUGCAGUCGACGAGGAAGAUUAUGAUGCACAGGAGGAAACUCCAAGACUAUCAGAUGAUACACUGCAGAGACUCUUGGCCGAAGCCAGGGAAUCUUGUCUAUCGGAGAGUCGACUCAGCGACCUCACCCCUGUGAGUUCGCUGGACACACAGCAGAUGACUGCUAGGUCAGAGGACAGCAACCCAGCAUAUGCUGUGGUCUCCCAAAGCUCCAUCAGAGAGUUGCUUAGAAACCCAAGGGCCACAUCCACUGCCGUUUCUACAACCGGUCUGAUCAUGGACAUCGCCGGAAGGAACCCAGAUGCAGAGGAGGAGAAUGACAUCAUGAGAAGGUCAAUGGAAGAGGAUGCAUCCAGAGUACAGAAUGGCAUCGGCAAUGGUUACAGUGAGCCAGCCGAGGGUCUUGGGUAUGGUGCUUAUCCAGACAGACCCUCUAGUAGAAAUGGCGACAGGAAGCAGAUGGUGACUGAGAAGCUAUGGGAGGCUUCUUCAGCACCUCGACAUUCCCUGCAGUCGCCACAGCCUCCAGCGUCCACCAAGAGAGUCUCAGAUAAGCAGGCCUCGAGGCAAGCGGCCUCUAGCUUAUCACUUAGAAGCUUUACAAAUAGCACUGACUUUGGUGCUAGCUCGCCAGAACAAGUAACUCUUAGAAGUACCCUUCGGAGCACAGUUCCUGAAGCGUCGACAUCUAAGAAUCCAAGGAGGUCCAUGGAAUCACCUGAGCUCUCCACCACAUCCUUAAGGAAUUCUUCCAUGAGAUUCAGCUUAGAAGAAUCCAAUUCCCCACAGCCUCCGUCGUCAAGACAAACAAACCGCAGCGGGAGGUCUCGGAAGGCUAAGCAGCAAGCCCAGUCAAGUCUGGAUUCCAGGAUCACCUCCUCGAUACGAACUGACUCACAGGCCUCAACCAACACGCUGGUUUCAUCAUCAGACUUUGAGUAUGAGGAUGAUGACGAGGUGUCUAACCAGCUGUUGACCCGGUCAAUUGAGGUCAAAGAUCAAAGGUCACAGGAAGCUGGUUUUACUAAAGCUUCAAGUAUUCAGCAAAGUGUCACAAGAGGCAUCGCCCGAUUUGAGACGAAAGAGUUUGAUAAAGAGAGAUUUAGUCCUCCACUGGUCUGACACUAAACUGCAAAUCAUAGUCACGCAGUAAGUACAAGUGAUUUUGAAAUCAAUCUGUUUAAAAGAAACACAACUAUCCUAGUUUAUAUAAUUACUAUUGUUUAUGUAAUAAGAACUGGACUUGUACAGCACAACCAAAAUACCAAAAGGAUACAAAGUGGUAUUAGCACGCAUAAUAUUUGGCCAUUGGAAAGAUGUGGGACAUGGUAGUAAAAGUGAUAUGCAUCACUACAUCUGGCCUGAACAUCUAAUGUCAAACAUACAAUGUAGAACAGGCCUUGUACUUCACGGAGGCGAUUUCCCCCAUUCCCCUUGUUAUUGCCUUGGUGCCCUUAAAAUGCUGCAAUAGAAUUUUACAACAUCCUCAUAGGGAUCUUAAAGAAAAAAGUAUAUCUCUUCAGUUUUCAAUCAUCAUCCAAACAACCUGUAUAAAAUUAAAUGUCACCAAAUAAGGCGGCCAUGUUUUGUUUUGUUUUUGAGGUAUGUCUAUCGAUUAACUUGGCUGUUGUAAAUUUGUACCUUUUCACCCAGUGAUGCAAAUAUUGUAUGUUAUUGUUGCAAUUGUCUUCUUUUAAGUAACCAUUUAAAAUAUAUACUACAGUAUGUGUGUAUCACAUAUUAAAUUAUAACAAGUUGUUGUAUUUGUGUAGUUGAAAAAUUGUUUGACUUCCAUUUUUUUGUUUUACUACUCCUCCGAAACUAUGGAAUUGUAGAUUCUUUGCUCAAGACAAUUCUCGCAAAAACAAAAAUCUACCUGACAAGUAGAUAUUUUUAAGUACUUUCACUUUCUUCAAUUGCCUCAUAACAAGCAAACAUUGCCUUACCUUUGGGAAAACCCAAGUUUGCAAUAUUACAAAAGGAACUCAAGAUGCUAUUAAUACAGAAAUCAUAACAGUUUCCAAGGUUGUUACAACACUCAUAGUUUGUAACACUUAAAGGCACUGAACACUAUUAGUAAUUACUCAAAAUAAUUGUUAGCAUAAAAACUUACUCGGUU